AUCCCGAGAUGGAAUUCCAGACGUCUGUUGAUCCUGAAUUCACUUCUAAAAAUUAUAACCACUCUUCCAAAAGAAAUCCUGCUUCUGAUAACCAGCUAUUUUGAUCAUCUUGUUACACUCCAUCUUGCAUCAUGUAAUCGUCAACUGUACAGAGAGCUGAAGCUCGAAAUAUACCGGAACAUCGAGUUUACGAAGAACUGUUUCUGGGCUCUCAGCCGGUUAGUCUAUGUCCGCCUCAAAGAUGAGGAGAAGGUACAAGCAGUGCGAAAUCUAUCUGUUGGACCCUGGCAGUCUCAAUGUUACGAGCAUAAUGCGUCCAUUUGGAGAAUUCCCGGUGUGUGGAGCCGAAGAAAACCCUAAGAAAUGGAAACGUAUUUUGACAAGAGGUUCUGGCCAUGGACUAACGACAGAUCCAUGGCUAGCUAUGCUACUGCCUCAAUUGACACGUCUCGAGCGACUGGAAGUGAGUUUUGAUGCAGACUCCACUUUCACUCUUCUGCUGCUCCCCAAAGUGAUUGCAAUGCGGAAUGAAAUUGAUACACCGCUGUCCGGUGGGAUCUUGAACUCACUUAAGGAUUUCCGUGGCGUUUGUGUAGAAAAUGAAUGGGAACCAAGCACUGGCAAGAGAGAAGUGACGCCGAUUAAUGAUUGCUUCCUGCAUUUACCGUCGUUGCGCAGUUUCCACGCUGUCCAUGACAUACUGCCCCGCUCUGAACUUGCCAAGAAGCCAGUCUUGGAUUUUACAGAGCUUGAUAUUCAUGUAAUUAGAUCGGGAGAGGACAUGCCCCGGCUUCUGUCCAUGUGCAAAACGCUCGAAAGGUUCAGCUAUGUCCAGAGACAUGGAAAACUAAGUACCGAGACCUGCUAUCUCAUCAUAAGGAUAGUUUGCGAGAAUUGAUAUUCCUCCCUUUCAAUCGAGAGUUUGACCCCGAUAUGUCCGACUUGUCAGAGGACGAGUAUGAAGGAGAAGAAGUAUACGAAGACCACCCUCUGCACAACGAAUUUAUCGGAUCUCUUUCUCAAUUUACCGUCUUGAAGGAGAUCCACCUGCGCACACACAUUAUACUCGAAUCGGAAGACAGUGACCUCUCUCGUGACCAACGCCAGCUCAUUCAUAAUCUACCGACCUCGCUUGAAAAGUUAGAUAUCGAUGAACUGACCGACAUUGGCCCCCAUGAGACUCGCCGACUGAUUGCCCAACUCGAGCAGCUCGUCUCCCAAGCCGGGCAGAAAUUUCUACGCCAUAAACA